UCUGAAGUGCCAUAUGGUACCAUCUCUCCUCUCAUCCCUCCAUUCUCCACCUCCCCUCCCUACUCAGCCACUCUGAGUGCCUCACUCGCUCUCCGGUGUCCUGAUCUGAUGCGUAUUCAUUCCGGUCGUGACUGGCGUGCCUCUGCCUCUGCCUCUGCCUCUGCCUCGUAGAAGUGUGAUGCACUCAGAGGUGAAAGAGCACAGCGGACACUUCGAAAGGUUUCAGGGAGAGUUUCCUUAGCAGAGAAGAUAUUUGGAUGCUAUAAAAAUGGAACGCUUCAUUUCCGUGAUAGAAGAAUAGUUUUGGGAAGAAAUCAAACCUCCAGUGGAGCAAAGACAAUGAGUUUCAUCCUAUAAAUGUACAACAGUGAAUGCAACGCUUCAUCUCUGUGACAGACGAACAGUUUUGAGACGGUAGAAGUUGUGAUUUGGUCUGGUGGAGCAAAGACAGUGAGUUUCGUCAUAUAAAUGUACAACAGUGAAUGCAACGCUUCAUCUCUGUGACAGACGAAUAGUUUUGAGACGGUAGAAGUUGUGAUUUGGUCUGGUGGAGCAAAGACAGCAUGACGGGCCAAGUGCUGGAGGAGAGCACAGACCUCACAGCCCACAGGCUCUCAGUGAAGACCUCAAUGGAGGAGGAUUCUGAGAGAGCAGACAGCACGCUGAGCCGUGGGCCGUCUAUAUGUGACGACACAUCCUCGGAACUGCAGCGGGUGGCCACGCUUGAGCCUCGUGGCCUGAACUCGCGGAACUCCUUCCGUGGAAGAGGAGCCCUAUCACGGUUGGUGAGUAUGGUGGUGACACUCCGGGAAUGGGCCCAUAAGAGUCUCCAGGAAGAGGAGGAGAGACCAGACUCUUUCCUGGAGCGUUUCCGUGGGCCCGAGCUCCGCAUGGCUCCUAGCCGCAUCAGCAGCAACAGACCGGACCAGCACAACUCGGACAGCGGCAUCAAAACCAAGAAGAAGUCGGAUACGUUCAUCCUUGCGCCAGCAGAUGACUUCUACUACCACUGGCUGCUUGUCAUUGCCACAGCUGUACUGUACAACUGGUGCCUCCUGGUGGCCAGGGCCUGCUUUGAUGAGCUUCAAACCAACAACUACAUUGUGUGGCUGGUUCUGGAUUACCUCUCUGAUCUUGUCUACAUACUGGACACCUGUGUGAGACUAAGAACAGGUUUCCUGGAGCAGGGUCUACUGGUGAAGGACCUCAAAAAGUUAAGAGAUACUUACAUCCGUACCCUCCAGUUUAAGUUAGACCUCCUGUCCAUCGUUCCCACAGACUUGGCCUACAUUGCUACUGGCAUCCACGUGCCGGAGCUGCGCUUCAAUCGCCUGAUGCGCUUCUCCCGAAUGUUUGAAUUCUUCGACCGCACAGAAACUCGCACAAGCUACCCGAACACUUUUCGCAUCAGCAACCUGGUGCUCUACAUCCUGGUCAUCAUCCACUGGAAUGCCUGCAUCUACUUCGCCAUCUCAAAGUCUCUUGGCUUCGGCUCAGACCAGUGGGUCUACCCUAACAUGUCUGACCCGGAGUUUGGCACCCUGACAAGAGAAUACGUCUACUGUCUCUACUGGUCCACCCUCACACUCACCACAAUAGGGGAAAUGCCCGCGCCAGUGCGUGAUGAGGAGUACCUCUUUGUGAUCUUUGACUUCCUAGUUGGCGUGCUUAUCUUUGCCACCAUUGUUGGCAACGUGGGAUCCAUGAUAUCCAACAUGAAUGCCACCCGUGCCGAGUUCCAGGCCCGUAUCGACGCCAUCAAGCACUACAUGCAGUUCCGCAAGGUCAGCAAAGAGCUGGAGGCUCGGGUCAUUAAAUGGUUUGACUACCUGUGGACCAACAAGAAAGCCAUUGACGAGCAAGAGGUGCUCAAGAACCUUCCCAACAAGCUGCGGGCAGAAAUCGCUAUCAACGUGCACCUGGAGACUCUGAAGAAGGUGCGGAUCUUCCAGGACUGCGAAGCCGGCCUCUUGGUGGAGCUCGUUCUCAAGCUGCGGCCUCAGGUCUUCAGCCCUGGCGACUACAUUUGCCGGAAAGGUGAUAUCGGUAAGGAGAUGUACAUCAUCAAGGAGGGUCGGCUGGCCGUGGUGGCCGAUGAUGGGGUGACACAAUUUGCCCUCUUGACUUCUGGCAGCUGCUUCGGUGAGAUCAGCAUCCUCAACAUCAAAGGCAGCAAAAUGGGCAACCGCCGCACAGCCAACAUCCGAAGCAUCGGCUACUCAGACCUCUUCUGCCUGUCCAAGGACGACUUGAUGGAAGCUGUGAUGGAAUACCCUGAUGCCAAGAAGGUGCUGGAGGAGAGGGGCCGGGAGAUCCUCCGGAAGGAGGGCCUGCUCGAAGAUCUGAGGGCAGGAGGGCUUACGGGGGAACAGAUGGAGGAGAAAGUGGAACGGCUGGAGGCGUCCCUGGAUACACUGCAGACCCGCUUCGCCCGGCUGAUGGGGGAAUACACGGCCACACAACAGAGGCUCAAGCAGAGGCUGACUGCACUGGAGAGCAGGAUGCAGCACUCUGGAAGCGGAUUUCUGUCCGAUGGCAAUGAGAGCACUAUCGAUGGUGAUGGCACUCACAGUGAGGUCAACAUUCAGCUAUGAACAGAACUGAUUCUUUUGAUCCUGGACUUUACAUGCACUCAGUGAUCCGUUAACUGCAGAACAUCAGAAUUUGUCAGCAAUCCAAUCAAUGCGUUUACAUGCACUUGAGUAAUCAGAUAAUGGGGAAACUACAGGUGCACAUGAGUCAGGCAGUAAUCGGAUUUCUGCUUUGCAACCAGCCAAUAAACUGACAGAAGA